AUGCUUGUUGCAGGCCCCCUGAACGAUGCAUUCGACUGCAGUCAUCCAGUACUUCCAGGCUCUAAACAGCCCUUUGAGUACCUCCAGAGCAGAGGGGUGACCCACUUCAAAGUACCGCUGUCAUGGGUUCACCUCCUUCCUACAGGUUUCCCCGGACACCCGCAGCAGGCCGUGGUCACCUGCUACCAGACCCUGAUGAAACAGCUGCUGGAGGUGGGCCUUCAGCCUCUGGUGGUCCUGCAUGGAUCCACAGUGCCAGACUCUCUGAGAUCGAGGUAUGGAGGCUGGGAGAACCCUGAGCUGGGAGACAUGUUCCAGCAGUACGCUGAGUUUGUGUUUGGAGAGUUUGGAGAGCUGGCACUCUCCUGGGUGACAUUUAGCGACUUGGAUGAUGUUAGGCAUGAUCCUGGUCCUCUGCAAACUAUCCUGAAACUCAACAAGAACAUUUACCAGCUCUACCAUCAACGAUUUCCUGAAAAAGGGAGACGUCUGUCUAUUGGUCUGAGAGCUAGUGAUGUGGCAAUCCUUCCCCAGAUAAUAAGUUCAACCAAAAUGGAUUUCUUGUCAAUGCACAUUGAAUAUGAAUGUGAAUCAGCAAACCUUGGUGAGGAGCUGAGGAGAGUACAGGUGUCCAGUGGAGACUUGCCUAUCCUCAUAUACGAGAUGACUGUUCAUGGUUGUCCCUACAGUCAAUAUCAGGUUCUUGGCAAUUUCUUACAAGUGUUAAUGAGCAACGCUGACCUGAAGAUUGUCGGAUGUGACACAGUGGAUAUGUUGGGUGAGCCUGAGACGGAGGACUUCCCAACCAGUCAUGCCAUUUCAGACAUUAAUAGAAUUUCAGCAUUAAGAAACAAUUAUCAGAAUGUGUGGAAUCAGUUUGCGGCUCAAACUGAUCGGGAUCUCUUCCUGAACGUAUCAUUUCCCGUUGACUUCCAAUGGGCCACCUCCAGCGAGUCCUUCAAGGUGGAGGGAGGCUGGGCAGAAGAUGGGAAGGGAGAGACCAUUUGGGACCGUUUUGGUCAUGAUGGUCUAGUCUUUGCCAAUCAGACUGCUGAUCUCACUUGUGACAGUUACCACAAGGUGGAUUAUGAUGUCUACCUCCUGCGAGGUCUUCAUGUUAACACCUACCAGUUUUCCAUCUCUUGGGCUCGUAUUUUCCCUUCGGGCCACCGGGGCAGUCAGUCGGAGAAAAGUGCUCUCUACUAUGACAAGCUGAUCAAUGCUCUCAUUGAUUCUGGUAUACAACCUGUUGUCACUCUCUACCACUGGGAUCUGCCCCAGGCCCUCCAGGACUGUGGUGGAUGGACCAACGCUUCCAUUGUUGAAGCCUUCAAAGACUACGCAGAUUUCUGCUUCUCCAGGUUUGGAGACAGAGUCAAGACCUGGAACACUUUCAGUAGCCCCUGGGUGGUGAGUCAUGCUGGGUAUGGCACUGGUGAGCAUGCCCCAGGAGUGAAAGACUAUGUGGUGGCCUCCUAUCAGGCGACUCACAACAUGAUCAAAUCCCAUGCUGAGGCCUGGCAUGUCUACAAUGAGAAGUACAGGAAGACACAAGGAGGCAGAGUGGGCAUUGCAUUGAACUCUGACUGGGCUGAACCCGUGGACCCCUCCAGACCAGAAGACAUCGCAGCUGCAGAUCGCUACCUACAGUUCAUGCUGGGCUGGUUUGCACAUCCCAUAUUUGUCGAUGGAGAUUAUCCUGCAUCAUUCAAGACUCAAAUUGAACAGAAAAGAAACGAGUGUCCUCUCUCUGAACCUGCAAGACUCCCAGUCUUCACAGCUGAAGAGAGGAAGAGGAUACACGGAACCGCUGACUAUUUUGGAUUGAACCAUUAUACCUCCCGGUUAGUCAACAACAGUGCUGGUGGCUGCACCCCUGGUCCUCAGGGGGUUGGCAACUUCCAGUCACACGUAGAUCCCUCAUGGUCCUCAACAGCUUCUGACUGGAUAUAUUCUGCACCUUGGGGUCUCCGAAGGCUUUUAAACUACAUUUCCACAGAGUAUUUGAACAUUAUCAAAGUGCCAAUCCACAUUACUGGGAAUGGUAUGCCUACUGAGCACAUUGGGGACAGUCUGGAUGAUGUCAGUAGAAUAGACUACAUGAAGAGUUACAUCAAUGAGGCCCUUAAAGCCAUUUUCUUAGAUGGAGUGAAUGUGCAGCGAUUCACAGCGGAGUCACUCAUGGAUGGCUUUGAGGGAAAGAAAGGUUACAGCCAAAAGUUUGGUCUUCAUUAUGUCAACUUUGAAGAUGCAGACAGACCAAGAACCCCGAAGCAAUCUGCAUAUUUCUACUCUCAGGUUAUAAAGCAAAAUGGAUUUGGUGGCCACAAGGGGGAGUUUUUUAAUUUGGCAAAGAUGCGAUUUACUCCCCGUACAACUGCUUUACCACCCUCAGAGGUUCCCUCUAAAUCAAAGGUUGUCUGGGAGAAAUUCUCAAUUCAGUCAAAUUUCCAGAGAAAACUCUACCACUACGGCACUUUCCCACAAGGCUUCAGUUGGGGAGUAUCAUCUUCGGCCUACCAGAUUGAAGGUGGCUGGAAUGCUGAUGGGAAGUGGCCCAGCGUCUGGGAUACAUUCACCCAAAAUGGCAAUAUUCCUGAUAAUGCUAAUGGAGAUGUGGCCUGUGACAGCUACCACAGACUUGAAGAAGACUUCUACAUGCUGCGUGCUCUGAAGGUGAAGUCGUACAGAUUCUCUUUGUCCUGGUCCAGGAUAUUUCCUGAUGGUCAGCGUACAUCUCUGAACCAGAAAGGUGUUGACUAUUACAAUAGACUCAUUGAUGGCCUCUUAGCAUAUAGCAUCACUCCCAUGGUGACACUGUACCACUGGGACCUUCCUGAAGCUUUGCAAAAACUUGGUGGCUGGGACAAUGUAGAGAUGAUUAACAUUUUUAACGACUUUUGUGACUUCUGCUUUGCCACCUUUGGCGACAGAGUGACAUUCUGGAUGACCUUCAACCAGCCUCAUACAAUUGCGUGGUCAGGAUAUGGACUUGGACAGGUCCCACCCAAUGUUACAAAUCCAGGAAUUGCACCAUACAGAGUUGCACACAACCUUAUAAAGGCCCACGCCAAGGCUUACCACACAUAUGAUGAUAAGUAUCGUGCAUCCCAAGGUGGUCUUAUAUCCAUUGCCCUUAAUGCUGAUUGGUUUGAACCUAAAGAUGUUAAUGUUCCUCGUGAAGUGGUGGCUGCUGACCGCGCUCUGCAGUUCCAAUUAGGUUGGUUUGCACACCCUAUUUUCAAGAACGGUGACUAUCCUGAUGCCAUGAAAUGGCAAGUUGGAAACAAAAGUGAGCUCCAAGAUCUUAAAGAGACAAGACUACCUUCAUUCACUGAAGAAGAAAAGAUGUUCAUCAAGGGAACUGCUGACAUGUUCUGUGUAAAUCAUUACACUACAAAAAUUGCACAGCAUGCUACAUUGAGACUUAACCCUGCAUCAUAUUUAUAUGACCAGGACUUGUCAGAAGCAGAGGAAAGUGAUUCACCAACUACUGCCAUCAAGAACCAGAGAGCUGUCGCAUGGGGCUUAAGGAGACUCCUCAACUGGAUCAAAGAGGAGUAUGGAGAUCCAGAGAUUUACAUUACUGAGAAUGGAGUUGCUACAAAUUCAAAGACAACUUGGGAUGACUCUGCCAGAGUAUUUUAUUUCAAGACCUAUGUUGAUGAGGCUCUGAAAGCGUAUGACCUUGAUGGUGUGAAGGUAAAAGGAUACAUAGCAACAUCUCUCAUGGAUUCCUUUGAGUGGCUCAAUGGGUACAAAGUAGGAUUUGGGCUGCACCAUGUGGACUUCACUAACCCAAUCCGUCCGAGGACACCCAAGUACUCAGCUCAUUUCUACUACCAAGUCAUAAAGGACAAUGGCUUCCCGUCAACAGAUGAUGACCAACUCAUUUAUGGCCAUUUCCGCAAAGAUUUUAUUUGGAGUACUGCAACAGCAUCAUACCAGAUUGAAGGGGGAUGGAGAGCAGAUGGAAAAGGCCUCAGCAUCUGGGACAAGUUUGCUCACACUCCUCUCAGAGUGUUCAAUGAUGAUAAUGGGGACAUAGCGUGUAACAGUUACAACAAAGUAGAAGAGGAUGUUGCUAUAUUGAAGCAACUUAAGGUGACACAUUAUCGUUUCUCCAUAUCCUGGCCGAGGGUGCUUCCUGAUGGCACCACCAAGCACAUCAACGAGGCUGGACUCAACUACUACCACAGACUAGUGGAUGCACUGCUCGGAGCAAACAUCCAACCUCACAUCACUCUCUACCACUGGGACCUUCCACAAGCUCUGCAGGACAUUGGGGGCUGGGAGAAUGAUACCAUUGUCGGCAAAUUCAGGGAUUAUGCUGACCUCAUCUUUAGCCGUUUUGGCCACAAAGUCAAAUUUUGGAUCACCAUUAAUGAACCGUACAAUGUAGCCAAUAUAGGCCAUGGCUAUGGAGCAGCUGCCCCAGGGAUCAGUUUCCGACCAGGCACUCUUCCCUACAUCGUGGGUCACAGCCUGCUUAAAGCUCACGCCGAGGCCUGGCAUCUCUACAAUGACAAAUACAGGGCCAAACAGCAAGGAAUUAUCUCCAUCACCAUCAACUCUGAUUGGUCAGAACCCAGGAAUCCAUACAAGCAGGAAGACAUUGAUGCUGCAAAACGUGUGGUGCAGUUCUACAUUGGUUGGUUUGCCCAUCCCGUUUUUAAUGGAGACUACAGCAACAUGAUGAAGACAAUCAUUCGAGAGCGAAGUUUAGCUGCUAAUCUGACAAAAUCUCGACUGCCUGAGUUCACCCCAGCUGAGAUCAAGAGGAUUAAAGGUACCUAUGAUUAUUUUGGGUUCAACCAUUAUACCACCGUCCUGGCAUUCCCCGUGAACUAUGGAAACCUGCAGCACUACGAUGCCGAUAGGGGUGCAGGAACAAUUGCUGAUCGUAGCUGGCUGGAUUCAGGCUCGUCCUGGCUGAAGGUUUCACCGUUUGGAUUCCGCAGGAUAUUAAACUUCAUUAAGGCGGAGUAUGGAAAUCCACCUAUUAUCAUCACAGAAAAUGGUAUCUCAGAGCGGGGACCUAUUGACCUAAAUGAUACCCUUAGGAGCUACUACUAUGAACAAUACAUCAACCAGCUGCUGAAAGCUUACUUGCUAGAUAACGUGGAUAUCCGUGGCUACACAGCUUGGUCACUGAUGGACAACCUUGAGUGGGCCACUGGCUUUUCAGAGAGAUUUGGCCUUUUCUAUGUCAAUCACUCAGACACCAAAUUGCCAAGAGUGGCUAAGAAUUCUGUUACCUGCUACUCUACCAUCAUCAACUGCAACGGAUUCCCAGACCCUGCAUUGGGACCCCAUGAAUGUUUCAACCCAGCGCCUGAAGCAACAAGUGCGCCGAUCACCCCUGAUCCCUCUUUCAACACUGUGGACUUCCUGGGUAUGAAGCUCUCAACAAGUGAUGCUGAGACCGGACUUGCCACCACGUUUGCUCUAAUGAUUGUUGCAGCGUUUGGAGCUAUUUGUUUAUCUGUUUGCCUCUUUAAGGCACAAAAAAGGUCCCACCAAAAGCAGAACAUUGAAACUAUAAAAAUGGAACAGAAAUUAUAAACCCAAAUCUGUAGAACUGUGACCUUUCUGUGCUGCAUUUUCAUGUAUACAGUUGCAAGAAAAAAUGUGAACCCUUUAGAAUUACCUGGAUU